CUUCAUAGUACCCAGUCCAAGUCCUAUACAUUGUCGCCACUCUCGACCACCAAAAUUCACAAUGGGCACCCACGACGCGUCAAACAAAGGAGUUCCUUCCAACCUCAUCUCCCUACCCAGCCUUUCAUCCUCAUUACAUGCACUUCCACAUGCGACGAGUCUUCAAAGUGUGUCGCUGCAUCCGAACAUGUAUGCACAGAGAGCAGCGGAGAGUGAAGCCAAGCUUCAAAAAGCCCUCUCGAAAACCGCAUCCAACUACCCUCAACAAAACUCACCAAUGGUGCCAGGAUAUAUGAUGCCACCACCGUCACAACCAUAUGACCCUUCAUCGCCACUUAUGAUGCGACGACAUCUCUCGCAUAGACUCGGGCAUUAUUCAUUAGCAUUCGUAUUCGCAUUAAUCUGCUCGGAUGCCGACCCGAGUGGAACCAGCGCAGACCUCUUGACGACGACUACCGGCUCUAUCUCGCGCGACGGCGCAUCUUGA